GCCCGCCGACCCGAAAGCAGCCAAUGCGAGGCUAACUGGUGUUAGCUACCGGGAGCGGACAUGUUGUACCGACCCUUCCUCGAAUAUACAUCGCUGUAAUCAGAAAUUUGGGAGUCAGGGGCAAACCCUGGGACGCCUGGUGAUCAUGGAGGCCGUCAACGCAUUUAACCAGGAGUUAUUUUCACUGAUGGACACCAAACCACCAAUAUCUCGGGCAAAGAUGAUCUCCAUCACUAAAUCAGCCAUCAAAGCUAUGAAACUCUACAAACAUGUGGUCCAGAUUGUUGAAAAGUUUAUCAAAAAGUGUAAGCCUGAGUAUAAGGUGGCAGGUCUGUAUGUGGUGGAUUCCAUCGUCAGACAGUCCAGACACCAGUUUGGACCAGACAAAGAUGUAUUUGGUCCAAGGUUCACCAAAAACAUUACAGGAACCUUCGAGAAUCUUUGCCUUUGCCCCAUAGAAGACAGGAGCAAGAUAGUGCGAGUUUUGAAUCUGUGGCAGAAGAAUGGUGUGUUUAAGAUCGAAGUUAUUCAGCCGCUCCUGGACAUGGCAGCUGGCUCUGGCAGUGGUGCCUCAUCCAUCAUAAACACAGACGAGCCUGGUUCCUCACCACCUCCUGCCAAAGAGCCAGUUACUGUGGUAACAGCCAACUCUACCACAACAUCAGUUCCUCAGCUGCACAAUUCUGAUGCCUUUGCAGCUGUGGCACAGCUCUUCCAGUCCACACAGGGUCAGCAGCUUCAACAGAUGCUCCAGAACUUUCAGCAGCAGCCAAUGAAGCCUGAAACCAAUCCGCAGCCUCCCGCACCUUCUGUUCAUACACCAGUCCGAAACGUCUCUGCUGGUCUGAGCACAGUCGUGCCACAAGCUCUGGUUCCCUCCCCACAACCUCCCCUCCAAACAGAGUCUGCCCAGCAGAAAUCAGCUUUUGACAAGAAGCUUCUGGAUCGUUUUGACUAUGAUGAUGAACCAGAAGUUGGAGAAGAACCUAAGAAGGAUGAGACCUCCUCACAGCCUCCUUUUAUGCAACAGCCUCCUGCCUUUCCUCAGCACACGGAGCACUUUAACACACAAAUGAUGAAUAUUUCACAAGAUCUCGCUCAUCAGGUUUCUUUGCCUCCUAAUGGACAGCUCCAUGCUUGUGGUGUAAUGCCAGGACAAAGCUUCCCUAUUGGGAUGCCCCCUAUAGGCCAUGCUCCACCAGGGCAGCCUCUUCCUGGAUCCACUGGACCUCCAGGUUUCCUAGGGGUAUAUCCUCCCCAAAAUGCACCACAGCAACAACAGGAUUCCUCUGUGGAAAUGGACCAUUCAGCAAUGAGAGAUGGACGACACGGUCGAAGGUCUCACUCAGGCUCCAGAUCUCCAAAGAGGAGGCGGUCCCGCUCCAAUUCUCGUACUCGACGGUCCAGGUUCAGGCGAUCCCGCUCACGCUCCAAAGACCGCCGUCACACUUCACCCCGCUCUCGCUCGCAGGAGCGCAGGGAGAGGGAGCGCGAGAGAGAGCGACGUCAGAAAGGUCUUCCACCGUCCAAGAGCGACACAGUCAGCAUUUGUAGUACAACUCUCUGGGUGGGUCAGCUGGAUAAAAGAACACAGCAGCAAGAUGUUGCUUCCUUGCUUGAGGAGUUUGGGCAAAUAGAAUCCAUCAAUAUGAUUCCUCCGCGUGGCUGUGCUUACAUUGUCAUGAUACACAGGGAAGAUGCUUACAGAGCUCUGCAGAAGCUCGGGAGAGGAUUGUAUAAAGUUAAUCAGAAAGCAAUCAAGAUUGCUUGGGCUUUAAACAAGGGCAUAAAGCCAGAGUUUAAACAGUACUGGGAUGUCGAUCUGGGUGUCACCUACGUACCUUGGUCUAAAGUCAGAGAGGACCAGUUAGAGGAGYUGAAAGAAGGAGGAAUGCUGGAUGGAGAUACUUUAUCACCAGAGUGGAGCAGUGUGCGAAAGACCUUUGAUCACCUAGAAGAACCCACUCACAAUGGCCGUUCUGAGCAGCAGCAGGCAGACGAGACUCGAGCUCAAUCUUUAGCUGCUCCUCCAGCACAGGUUCCUCCAAUGCUGCAGCCAAUGGUGGGUGUGGGCUCUUUACCACCUCCUCUCUUUCCCAGUCCCAUCGGAAUGCCACCRCCUACCUUUACACCGGGCAUGCCCCCUCCUCCUUUUAUCAGACCUGGAUUUAACCCCUUGCAAAUGCCUCCAGGUUUUCCUCCCGGGCCUAUGACCCUAGGAGCCACACCUCCUCACAAAAGUGGRGUUGAUGAGUUGCAUCAGGACCCCUCAGAUCUGGGCAGAAAGAAGAAUGAGGGUCAUGAAGUCCCCAACAUCUUCAACAAUCAGAUGGGACCCAUUGGUAACCAGGUUGGUACCCCUCCAGUUGGACCUCCGGGUAGUCUCCUAGGUUUACCUUUACCUAAUCCUUCAGGUGGCCCUCCAGUAGGUCUGCCAGGUGGUCCUCUGAUUGGGCCUCCUGGUGGUCCUAUGGUAGGUCCUCCUGGUGGUCCUAUGGUUGGUCCUCCUGGUGGUCCUAUGGUAGGUCCUCCUGGUGGUCCUCCGAUUGGUCUUCCAGGUGGUCCUCCAAGUGGACAUCCCAGAAACAUCCAACCUCCUGCUGGUCUCCUGGGUGCACGGCCUGGAAUAAUGCCACUCCAGCGCCCCUCUGGUCCACAAGCACCACAACACAUGCAACGUUUCCCUCCUCCCCAUGGGCCAAGACUGCCUCACUCCAGCAUGCCCCCUAAUACUCCACAGAUGAUACCCAGGGGGCCACACCCCCAGAUAAUGCACCACGAGCCCCCUACAUCUAAAGGAGGUUUUGGUAUUCCCCCACCACACAAUAUGAGGGCUCCUUUCCCUCGUGGGCAAGGACCUCCCCCUCAAACUAACCCGACUUCUCCAUUUAUCAGACCAGGGGGACCCAGAGGCUUAGAAGGACCAGAAGAAAUGGAUGACAGGCCAUUUAGAGGAGACAGGCCUGGAUUCAGAGAUCGAGAGCAGGAGCGGGACCGAGACUGGGAUCGAGACAGGGACAGGGGUUUUGGAGGGGGUAGACGCUCUUUUGGUGAUGGAGGGAGGGGAGCUGGUGACAAAAUGGAUGGGAGAGACCGACAUGGGGGUUGGCAGGAAGAUGGAGGAAAUCACCGUGGGGGAGGAUGGGAGCGAGACAGAGAUCGGGAGAGAGACCGGGACCGCGAUCGGGACAGAAAUAGACGGGACUGGAGAGAGAGGCGAGGCAGCCCUGACAGGGACAGAGAACGGGGGCGUGGUGAUGAUGGGGAGAGAGAUCGUGGAAGGGCAGAGGGAGGAGAAAGAAACAGGGGAGAAGGGACAAAUGUGGACAAAGGCAAAGGACCUGAAACUAAAGGGGACAAGCCCAGGCGGUCAGAACGACGAGAGAGGACCUCACGGUGGGACAAGGACGAUCGAUUGGCCGAACUGGAAAACAUGGACAAAUUUCGSAGCUUCAACAGCUUGGAGCAAUCUUCUGUGAAAGCUGUGCUUACCAUGGAUACCAGUAAAGACCCAGAUGGGAAAGCCUCUGAAAAGAAGGAACAAUCUAAACAUUUAGCUUCACCUGCAGAGGUCACUACAACAGAAAAACCUGUGCCCUCUGAGUCUCCACAGUCAGCUCCAAGUGAGCCCACAGAAACAAAAAAAGAAUCAUCAUCAUAGGCCGACAGCCUGUGACUCUGUGAAGAACUGAAAGAUACUAAAGGUUUCGUCCACUGUUCUAGUCUCAGUUGUUGGCAGAUGAAAUUCAACCUAGUCACUGUUUGUCAGAUGGUAAAUGACAGUUUCUGGGCUGUAGUAUAUUUCUUUAACACAGGCAUCUCCUGAUAUUUUCUUCCUUUUUUAUUGUUUUAUUUUAUUGCAUUGUUUGUGUACACACAGGUAAAGUAAUACUACCACAAUGGCCCACAUUUGUUUUUAACUUCCUGUGCUUAUUUAUGAAUUGGCAAGAAAAUUAUUUUAUAAAUAAUUAUUUUUAAUUUGCCAAAAAUAUCUGUCAGACACUGAUUACUGUCACAAACAAGCUCCAUUAUUUUUCCUGGUCAUGUUGCGUGUUUAAAGUCAGUUUUUAAUUUCAUUCUAAAAAUUCAAGAMGACUUCAAAUAAAUCAAACACAUGCAUGGAAAUAAUGAAAGUGAAUUUAAAACGUAUAGUAUGCUGCAAUUACAACUGCUUUUGAGCAUAUAUUGAUUUAUUUUUUUCCUUUGAAGUUUUGCCCCUUUUUCUCUUAAUAUUGCAGUACUACAAAGRUGUUACCAACUUUCUCUGAUAAACAUUUCUAAAACAUUGUUGGAGUCAGUCAUUUAAAUUUAAUCAGACAUGCAUUUAAUUUUCUCCAAUAUCGACUAUGAGAGGCUUUAUACUUAAUCCAUUUUCAAUUUCAUACAAUUAAGAAUAAAAGUAACAAGAAGGCGUGCGAAACUUCUGACAUUCAGAAAUUU